CUCAGCGUCCCUUCUAACCGCAACAAAUCAAUUAGGGUUUUUUUCUUUGUCGUGAGAAAAGAAAACGUUUGAUGGCAAAUUGGAAGCUUCGGAGGCGCUUUGUGGCUCGAGGAGGAGCUAGCUAACGUUAGCUCGCUAACAAGUUGCUGGCAUGCUGUAUAACUGGCUGCCAAAGACCUCUUGAUGGAUCCCAGAAAACAACAAAGGAACAACUCAAUCUGUGAGCACAGCCAAUAACGAGGGAAUCUGACCCGAAGCGUGUCAUCUGAUUGACUACGGUGCAUGUGGCCUCUUAAGUCAUUCAUCUGCUAGGCAGCUCAAGGGCCUACUGCUAUGCACUAUAAACUGGGAGACGGGAGCGGUGGGGAUGCUGGGAGGUGCAGGCUCCUUUGCAGUUCGACAGUCUCCCUAGUAAUAGGACUUCUGAUAGCAAUGGCUCAGGGUGCUGCAUCGGAACAGCAAAAUGCACAGGUGGAGAUGUUCACAAUUCAACUGGAGGCUUCAAUGCAGUCAUCUAUACUUUCUGAGCUCCAGUCUGCUGCUUUAGCCUUUGAGUCAUCGGUGAAGAAUGGGGGAGUACAGGCUGGCAUCCCUGACUCUUCAGCGAUUGUGGGCCAGGUGUUUCAGAUGAGGAUUCCACUGGUAUCUGACAAUGCAAGCUAUAAUCUCCAUCUUACUGAGAUGGGGCAGCCAGCAUUACCAUCAUGGCUCUAUUGGGACAAAGAAAAUUGUAUUCUGAGAGGCUUGGCUCUGGAGCAAGAUAAAGGUGUGUAUCAUAUAUCUGUGUCUGGACAAGACAUGAAUGAGAAGACCGGCAGCCAAGAGUCCCCCAGUACGGUCUUCUCCAUUGAAGUAUACCCUGAGGAGCGGGCAGACACUGAACCAUCCCUGCUCGCGCUACAGUCUAAUAUCAGUGGCCUGCAGCCUUUCACUUGUGGCCCUGAGGAGCUUGUCACUGUCCUCACUGUCAUACUGGAUGCUGACUUGACUAAGAUGGCAGCUAAACAGAGGGUCAGUUUACUAACUGUUAUGAGAAAAUUCUCACAUGUCCCCAUUGAGCACAUGAGACUUGUACCUGUUGUGAACAACCGCUUAUUUGACAUGUCUGCUUUUAUGGCGGGACCAGGAAAUGCCAAGAAAGUGGUGGAGAACGGCGUUCUGCUGUCUUGGAAACUCGGAUGUGCCCUUGACCAGGGCAAUAUCCCUGACAUCAGCAUUGUCCAAUUCUCUGCAAAGGAUGGAACAAUGUCAGCCACACUGGCAUAUCCAGUGGUUGGCUGGCACAUUGUCAACAAAAAGCCCCAUGCAGUGAAACGUGUCAAACGACAGUUGUACAACACUCCUACUCCAGUGCCCUCCCUGCUUCCGCCAACUAGUUAUCCAGAGCCACCUCUACGCAUUGUUCCGACCCCAACGUCACCCUCAAUUGCCCCAGCAACAGACCACUCUGCACCUCCUGUACGCGGCCCUUUACCUCUUCCUGUGAAGCCUACCAUGAGAGUUAGAGAUCAGAUUGCACAUACACCUGUUUUGGGUCCCCCCCAACCUACCAGGAUAUUGGGAUCGACAAGCACCAUGCCCAUCCAACCUACAAUGACCAGACCUACAUUUGUGGAAGCCACUGCUUUACCAACACUACCAAGCACCACCAAAAAACCUAAACCAUCUAGCACAAGAAAGCCCAAGAAACCUAAAACGUCAACCCCUGCUCCCAGAGAACCCAAAUCUACCACAGCAAAACCACCCAAACGCACCACUCCUCUCUCCUUGUCUCCAGACUUGAAUCAGAUGCCAGAGAUCCGCAACCCAAUUGAUCAGGUAAAUGCAUGGGUUGGCACAUACUUUGAGCUCAAAAUUCCUCCUGAUACUUUCUUCGACAAAGAGGACGGUACAACCGACAAGCUGCGUUUGAUUUUGAAGCAACCCUCCAAGGAGGCAGUCAGUGAAACGUCUUGGAUUCAGUUCAACAGCACCAUCCAGCUUUUGUAUGGACUUCCCGAAGAGCAACACAAGGGCAAACACGAGUACUUCAUGCUGGCCACAGAUAAAGGUGGGAAAAGUGUCAUGGAUGCAUUUGAGGUUCAAGUAAACCAUUGGUCUACUAAUGAUAAACCACCAGUUGUUUUUUCUGCCCGUUUCCACGGUGACCCCAAAACAUUAAGCAGUGACAUCCAUAAAAAGAUUAUUUUGACAAAAAAGUUAGCUUACGCGCUUGGUGAUCGAAAUAGCAGCACAGUGACCCUACGAAGCAUCACUAAGGGCUCCAUUGUGAUAGAAUGGUCCAAUAAUAGUCUCCAGCAAAAUCCUUGUCCUAAGGACCAGAUUACGGCUCUCAGCAACAGGAUUGCUGAUCCACAAGGGACACCAAAACCAGCUUUUGUUAAAGCCAUGGAGCCUGAAUUCAAACCCAUUAAUAUCUCCGUACGUGGCACAAACAAAUGUCAAAGCUACACCUUUAUACCACCAGGGGAGGUUCCGCCAAUUCCAGUUCUUCCUACAGCUACACCUUCCCCUGGCACCGGUCGUAGGAGCAGUGAUGAUGUCUACCUGCACACCGUCAUCCCUGCGGUUGUGGUAGCAGCACUCUUAUUAUUUGCAGGUAUCAUCGCCAUGGUCUGUUACCGUAAGAAGCGCAGAGGAAAGAUGACCAUGGAGGAGCAGGCUACCUUCAUCAAAAAGGGAGUUCCCAUAAUAUUUGCAGAUGAGCUGGAUGAUUCCAAGUCCCCUCCGUCCUCCAGCAUCCCGCUUAUCCUUCAGGAGGAAAAGCCACCACUUCCUCCACCAGAGUACCCUAACAUGGCUGGUCCCCACAGUACACUGCUAAACCAGGAUUUGUUGGAAGAGUAUUCUGUUUAUGAGGAUGAUGAUCCCAAUGCGCCUCCUUACCAGCCCCCACCACCUUUUACUGUCCCCAUUGAAGGCAAAGGCUCUCGUCCUAAGAACAUGACCUCCUACAGGUCACCACCCCCCUAUGUUCCUCCCUAACACACACUGAAGUUUUCAGCUUGGAAUUCAGGUGCACUGUAGGGAUGCUUGUGGGAAAACUACUGACUACAGACGUAACUUUUCAUGGAUUUCAAUGCAGGCGACCAUACGUAUCGUUUGAUCAUCAUGGAUUAGAUACAUCAACUUUCUCCUACUGGAACAGGCAAAAUAGAUGGCGAACAGUUUGUAAUUCCAUUACUCUUCCCUUCUUUUUUUGUUCUUCAGAUCUGCUUUUGACUUUCAAAUGCUUUGUCUGUAUUGCCCAGAAGAAGAGUCAAUUUUAUCUUGAAUGAUGUACUAUUUCUAUUGUAUAGAACAUAAUAGAGGAGAGCCUGAAGCCCACUGGGCCUUUUAGCAGAUGUUACCAUGACAACAGACUUGAGGCUCUCCCUUGCUGUGGUAUUAUUUGAGAGCUGUAUCACUCUUAUCUGUCUGUCAGCUUGGUUUACUAAGAUGUGGUACCUGUUAAUUCUAGAGGGCAGUUUAAUACCAAAAGCUAAACUGAAAGCCUAUUAAUGUAGAAUAAUGAUUUCAUUCUAUGUUUUGUCCUAUAUUUUGCUGCUUCUUAACAGUCACAAACUUCACAUUCAAGUACUUGUUAGGCCACGUUUCACACAGAAUUUACCAUUCAAAUUCAAUUACGGUAGAAACAUUUCAAAUUGCAUCGUAAAACUUUUAAUGAAAUAGUUUCUUCACAAAGGACAUUCCACUCAUGUCACUUGUUGUUGAUGUAGACUAAUUUAGUUAGAAACAAAAUAUAUAUUUUUUAUUUUUAUUUUUGUGCCACUGAACUUGCCGUUUGAGAUGUUUUGUGUUUUUGCUGUGGUAACUGGUCAGGCAGGCUGCUAUGUCACAAUGAAGGGGCCAGUGGAAUGCUUUUUCAUCACAGCGUGACAAUUGAGCACAUGUAACACUCCUUUUUAAAAACAAAUAUGGUUUGUAUUGUAUUUCCAUUACCCUCCUAAAAGGGAACUGCACUUGUUUUGGAAUUUUGCCUAUUGCUUACAAUCAUUAUGAGAGACAUGAGUGCCCAAAAAACCCUCUCGAUCACCAUUCAAAAACCGCCAACAAUACUCCAUUUACAUUUCGGGACUUUAAUAAUAACCAAGGAAUAAUGAUAUUGUUGUUAUAAGCGCUAAUGCAGACAAACUAUUUAUAGCAGCGCCGUGAUCACUAGCUUGGGUGGUUAUGUAGACAUCAUUAACUGGUGAGCUGCUUUUUCGCGUCGGAGCUUGUUUAAAUUUAUUCUAGUUUAUAAAUAAUACCUCUCACCUUGAUAAAGGAGGAUAAGGAAAUAAUCCAACAAGUUAGUAGACUUUGACAGCCAAUUUAAACCCGGGUAUGGCGAGAAAGACACAAAAAAAUGCUUAAUUUAAUUCCUCUUUCUUUGCAAGGAUUACGAGUCAUUCUUAAUCUAAACGGGAAUGUAACAAGAUUCUAUCGGCAGCCUAAUGACAGCAGACAUAGUACAGUAAGUGAUGUUUUAUUAUGUUUGUUGGCUCUCAUAAAGUCUGCAGUGAAUAGUAAUCAGUUGUGUUGUUGAAGAAAAAAGCAAACGUGAUGCGUUUUUUAAAUCAAUGUGCCGCUUUUACUUAAAAUGAGCAAAAUAACGUAAAGUAUCACAUCUUAUUAUAAAUGUGCCUGUUACUACAUGACAUAUAUACUUACAGCACCUUAGUGGAGGUGUGUAGAUGUUUUUAAGGGCUUUAUAGGCAGAAUAGUGCGACUCCCAUUGGCUCCAUUGUAAGCAGACUUUUUAUGGCAUUUAUUUACUAGUUAGAAUGCAUAAAAAGAGAAACACCGAUUGCGAUUGUCUUCUCAAAUAACUGUUCAAAAUUCUUGUGUUCAGACAAAUCUUUAGUUUUUUUUACACACAAAAAAAAGGUCAGAACACAAUAAUUUUGAAAUAAAGAAAAACAUGUGCCAGGAUUGUGAAUAAUAGGCAAAAUUAAAAAAAAAAGUGAGGUCCCCUUUAAGUAUGUAUUUUGCACUGAUUGUAUCCAUUAUUGUUUUUUUCCUUUUAAAAGGAACAUCCUGCUUUUAAAUCAUCAUGACAUACAUUAAAACAUUUUUUUUACCAUUUUUGGUCAGACAGAAAAUAGAUAUAUUUAGCCUACCGUAUUUCCUUGAAUUGCCGCCGGGGCGGUAAUUAAUUUAAAACCUCUUCUCACUCCGGCGCUUACCAAAGGCAUUCGCUAAAUGCAAGCAUGCGCUAAUUAUUUUAAAACCUCUUCUCACUCCAGCGCUUACCAAAGGCAUUCGGUAAAUUUAGGCCUGCGCUUUGAGUGUGAUGUAAGGAUACCAUCAUGAAAAGCACAUUUAAUAAAAAAAAAAACGUUAUUAUGGUCUUACCUUUACUUAUAAAUGAAGUCCAUGCGCAGAUCCUUCUGAACAAAAGCAUCGAUAACUUGUUUAUAGAAGUCUUCCUUAUCUUUCUUCAGUUUUAAAAGUCUCUCUGUCUCGAUGGAGAUAUUCCUUUAAUUAUUACCUCCUGGUUCGAUUGAAGGUCCAGUUUAGAAAACUGUUUUAUUUUAGAUAUGUAAUCCUCCAUGUUAAAAGUGCAAGCGAGAGAAAAUAAUAAACGAUCGCUGCUCACUGUUGCUGCGUGUUGUCACUUCUUCUGCAGCCGAGUAGUCGCAAGAAGGAUCACUAGCGCCCUCUACCACCAGGAGGCGGGAGUCAUUUAAUGACUCAUAUUUGACACACAGCUACGGUAUAUUAAUAAAACAUAGCUGCUUACUGUUUAGCAUAUUCAAUAGCUUGGACCUUAAAUCCUAAUGAAUAGCUCUUUAUGUUCUUCCCUUUAUGCGAUUUUAAUUUAUUGAAAUCAGCCUCCUCCAUUUUGAAAAUGAUGACAGGUGAAGUGUCACUCGUGACGUGACGAGUUUGACCCGGCGGAAAUUCUAGAAAUAUGCUAAUUAUUUUGCGAAACGAGUUUGACCCGGCUGAAAUUCUAGACAUGCGCUAAUAAAAAUAAUAUUUUGCGAAACGAGUUUGACCCGGCGUUAAUCCUGAGCCGGCGGUAAUGCUAAGCAUGCGCUAAUUAUUUUGCGAAACGAGUUUGACCCGGCUGUAAUUCUAGGCAUGUGCAUACUAUAUACCUGGCGGCAAUUCAAGGAAAUACGGUAAUAUAAAUAAACUCAACCUGUCAGUGCAUUCAGUUGCUAUGCGGACUAGAAGGCCUGCAGGGCCAUGACUCUUCCCCUAGGUAUUGCAUAUAGGGAUGUAAAUAAUUGUGUGCCUGUGAAAUAGAAAAAAGAACAAACUCAAUAAUGUUAGUGUUUUACCAGUCAACCGGUUGGGAACCGAAGGGCCACAAUGUGAAAUGAUUUUAUUUUUUGAUUGUAUGUUUAGAUUUAUAAUCACUAGUGUGCAAGGGUUAAUUCAACGUUUACCUGCCCACUACAAAGAAAUAGCAUCAUCUGAACAUGAUUGCAACAAAUAUGUGAAUUAUGUGCAUUUCAUACCUGAUAUCACCAUUAUAAAAAUGUAAAAAAAAUCUAAUGUUUUUACUGAGUUUUUAUACAGUCUUAAACUUGUUUUAUGAAGGUAUAUUAAUAAAAUGUAUUACUAUUUGUAAAGCCUCAAAA